UAUAUGUAUGUAUCUAUGUAUGUAUAUAUAUGUAUAUAUCUAUAUGUAUAUACAUAUACUUGAAAAUGUUCAGGUUGCAAGCAUAGAGUCCCUCUCCUCCUAUCACUAACUUAUUUAAAGAGAAAAAGGAAAAAUCAGUUAAUAUAGGAGGGUAAGUAUUGUUUAGAUGACUGUAUUCCUAGUAUAUUACGAGUACACAUUUAUAUAGUUCUUGGAGUGAUUAAAAGCAUUAAAAAAAUCAGAAAAAAUAUGAAAAAUCAGCCAUGGUCAUGUGUGAAUUCAUUACAUAGAGGUAUCAGACUGAAUCUUGCAAAGUAUUUCAUUCAGUGCUUCAUCUUUUUGUGCUAAAUUUCCAUUAAUACAAUGACUGGAUAGCUAGUGGUAUAUUCUGAACACUUUCCAGUUUGUUGUUUAUAGUUUCUAACAAUUUAUGUUUGAGUAAAAGCAUUUGUGUGUGUGUGUGUGCAUGUGUGUCCAUAUAGGUAGGGCAUCUGUGUGUGGUUCCUUAAUUUUCUAAUGUUUUGUUAGUAGUAGUUGUAAUAGUAAGGCUUUCAUCUAGUGAAUCAUUAUUUAUUUUGAGUGUUACAUUCGCUUCUCUUCUUUUCUCUGUUUCAGUUAUGAUUUUUUGUUGUCAUCAUAUGUUGUCAUCAGUUGUUUGUAGUACUCAUGUAUUUAGUAAUGAAAACAGAAAAAAACAGCCAAACUAAAACAAUGUUGCCAUGUCCUGGGCAGUAUGUUAAAGCAAUCUACGACUUUGAGAGUAACUACCCAAGUGAAUUGAACCUACGGAAAGGUGAUAUCAUCUUAGUGACAACUGUGGUGAAUGAGAAUUGGCUAUGUGGCGAACUACGAGGUCAGCAGGGCAACUUUCCUGUCAGUUUUGUCUCCCAACUUGUUCUACCGUCUAUUCGAAAGGGUCAAAAAAUAUUUGCUGCCACAGAAAAGUUCUUUGCACAAGAGAAAGGGGAUUUGGACUUUUGUCGAGGUGACGUUAUUGUUGGCCUUCGUGCUCAAGACAGCAAUUGGUGGAGUGGCUGUCUUGUUGGCCAAAGCAAAAAUGGCAUCUUUCCGCUUACACAUGUUUAUGAACUUGACAAUAAUUACAUUUCUUUCAAGAAAGAACAAAACCAAAUUGUGCGUGCUCUUGUGGAUUGUACACCUCAACUUGAUGAAGAACUUGGCUUCAAAGCUGGUGAUCUUAUCACCGUUUUGGAAAUGGUUGAUAAUGAUUGGUACAUUGGAGAAUGCCGUGGUAAACAAGGCAUGUUUCUUACUUCUUGUGUAGAGUUUCUUAAUACAGGUCUUACAAGCAAGACCUAUUCUAAUCCCCCUGUGACACCAUCAAGCCUGUCUAAAACAACUGCUGCAUCUUUUAAUCUUUCUCGAACUUCUCAUACAUAUAACAGUGAAAAUACACGGUCUUAUGAUUCAUCUGUAACUCCCUAUGCAAGGACGUUGUACUCAUUCACAGCACAGGCUGCAAAUGAGUUGACUUUUGGUGCAAAUGAGAUUAUAUUAUUACUUUGCCAUGUGGAUAGUCAGUGGAUUAAAGGUGAGUUGGAUGGGAAAACUGGAAUUUUCCCAGCCAGUUAUGUGGACAUCAUUGUAGACUGUCCACAUUUAGAGUCUGAUCUCUCCAACAUGUCUAGUUCACAGAGUAAUUCUGAUAGAUUACCAAUCACUUCAACUGUUGACUGUCAAGAGGAAGAAUGCUAUGGUUUAGUUAAAUAUGAUUUUAAAGCAGAAACCAGUGGAGACCUAAAUCUGAAGGAAGGAGAUACAAUUACAAUAUUACAACAGGUUGAUCAAAAUUGGUUUCUUGCAAAGAAAGAAGACAAUGAAAUUGGACAUUGUCCUGUCAAUCAUAUUGAUGUUGUUGGUUCUGAACCAAAAUUUCUUUUAGCCGAUCAUCCCCAUGUUGCCAAUGCCACUGCUCAGGGAAUAGGAAUUGUCCCAAGAACAGAACAAAAAACUGUCAGAAAUGAUUUGAAAGAUGGCUAUCAAGACAAGGAGAAUAACAAUAUUUUUAGUAAUCAAUUAAAGCAUAAUAAAUCUUCCCCUAAGCUUCUUUUGCCUAUGGUUCCUAAACCUUCCCUUCAGCCGAAACCCACCCCCAAACCCAAGCCAGUGGUUUUACCAAAGUCUUCCUCCCCUCCAUUACCUACCAAAUCAGUCCACAGACCACCCCGACCACACACCAUAUCUGGAAGUUCUAGUUUUGAUACUCAUCAUUUGAACUCCUUAAUAGAAAAUGAAAUGCAAACAGAUUCUCGGAAGUCAUUUCCAAUAUAUGAUAGCAAUGAAAACAUGGAAUACCAAAGCUCUUCAGGUGAGAAGGUGAAGUUAAACAUUGCUAAUCAAACUAUCUUAUUUGAAAGUAAGGGCAGUGCAUCAUCUUUUGUUUCUUCUGAUGUGCAAGAGAGACCAAGUGGUCAUCAGUCUGAUGACAGUCUCUCUAGUCAGUAUGAGAAUGGUGAAAAGUCUUUUACAAAACCAAUCCCAAUCCGUCGCCCUCCCCCGCCUCCUCAACGUAAUAACUUCUCUGGUGCUAAUUCAGUUUCUUUAAAUGAGAGAAAAUAUAUGCGUAAGAAUCAGGCAUUACGUUCCUCGAGCUCAAAACCGUCCCCUGUGCAAGGUACAAAGCCUUCUUCCGAGGGGAAAGGCAUGCAGCGAAAACUCUCUGAGCGUAUGAUUCCCUCCAGACCAGCACCAGCUCGGCCACCUCCUAGAUCUGUUCCAGCACUUAAGCAAAAAGGUCAUGAAUCAUCAGAACCAAAUUCCUUUACUCAAAAACCUUCUUUAACAGAUUCUGGUGAAGAUUCUUGUGCAACACCACAUGAUUUAAACAUUCGCAUAAUGAAAACGGAACAUGAAUUAGAAAAGUAUCAAGCUUCCCAUUCAAAACUCCUAAGUGAAUUAGCUGGUGCAAAUGAAGAAAAACAGCAACGAGUUCAGCUAGAUAUUGACAGUAUUAGCUGUCACAUCAAAAAACUUACAGAACACCUUAACUUGAUGAAGUGCCACCUGAAAGAUCUUGAAAGUGAAAAACUAAUUGACAAAUCUGAAAAUGAGAGUGAGCUUAAGAAACGGAAAGAAUUGGAAGAGAAGAAAAGGCAACAUGAGCAGAAACGACUGAAAGAAAUAAAGCAGAAAAUGAAGGAGAAAAGGGAGAAUGUUAUCCAAGAACUGCUUGGAACUGAGCAUGACUUCCAUUAUGAUCUCCAAUUAUGCAUUGGGUAUUUUCUUUGCCCCUCUGUUGAAAAGAUACCUGGCGUUGAUUUGGAUGUUAUGUUUGGGAAUAUUGAAGAUAUCUGUGAGAUCUCUUUGAAGCUCCUUCGCAGUAUGGAACUUGCUGCAAAGGCUGAAUUUGAUAAUCAACUUAUAGGUCCAUGUUUUGUAAAUUUAGCAGAUGAGAUGAAACAAGCAUACGGUCCAUAUUGCAAGAACCAUGAUGAUGUGAUCACACUCCUUGAAAAGUAUGAGGAUAAUCCACAGAUUAAGGAAUAUUUUGAACAGCGGUUACAAUGUAUGCGUCAGCUAACUAAUGUCUUCGACCUUGGUUCAAUCCUUAUAAAACCCAUUCAGAGAAUUCUCAAAUACCCACUUCUGCUCAGUGAACUGCUUAAGACUACUGAUGAUGACCAUCCUGACAAGAAAGAAAUUCAAGUAGCUAUUGAUUCCAUGACAGAUGUUGCUAAAUCGAUCAAUGAAUAUAAAAGAAGAAAAGAUUUAGUUUUUAAAUAUAAAAAAGAUAGCGAUGAAACAUUUAGUGAGAAAAUUGCAAAACUCAGUCUACAUUCUAUAAAAAAGAAAUCCACACGCAUGAAAGGGCGACUAUCAAGCAAUCUUGGCAUUAGUCUUCAAACCAAAGACGAACAGUUUGAAAAAAUUGAAUUUCAAUUUCGCAGCAUUGAAAAAGUAAUAAAGGUUUUCCUUCGUGAUAUAGAAGCCUACUUAAAACAAUUAGAUGAAUAUGUGAUCUGCUGGGAAAAUCUCUGUUCAGGACUGGAUAACAUUUACAAUGAGUCUCAGCCUGAAGAACUCAAGUAUUAUGCAGAGGCCACUAAGGUGGUCUGUUCUCAGUAUUAUUUAGAAUUUAGAAAUCAAGUAGAUAUGUUGGUACUUCAGCCUCUCAACCAGUUACUGUCCCUGUUUUUGGGCCCCAAUAAAGUGAUUGAGAAACGCUUUGAUAAACUAUUAGAUUAUGACAGUUUAGCACGGAAAUCUAAACUGGAUAAGACUAAUGAAAUCCAAGCAGCUCAAUGUGAUUAUAGAGCCUUGAAUGCCCAACUUUUAGAUGAAUUACCAAGAUUAUAUGAGCUGUCUCAGGAGUUAUUCCAAGAAUGUAUAUGCAGUUAUAAUAUAACUCAGGCCAACUUUUAUGAUAAAAUUGUUAAAAAGAUGUAUACUCUGCUCACAUUGCCUUUUCUCAUGUCUAUGCCAGAGAACAUUCUGGAAUCCUUCCAAGCAUUGCAUACUGCUGCCAUUGACCAAUUAAGCAAUCUAGAUUUCAUACCCCGCAAGUUUGGUCCCAAAACAGAAAGUAAAUCUGAAAGAAAACUGAUCAGACAAUCUCGACUCAGCCUAUGUGAACAGGAUAUUAUGCCAACUAUAUCUCAGGAGGAAAGUCACAGAAUAGAGAUCAUGCAGAAAUAUGGUAAACAAAAAGUGUACAAAGUGAUUUCUCAUUAUUCUGGUCUUGACUCUAUGGACAUCAGCGUGAAUGUGGACGACAUUGUUGGUGUUAUCAAAGAGCAAGACCCAAUGGGGAACAAAAGCAAGUGGUUUGUUGACAAUGGAGCUGUGAAAGGAUUUGUUCCGAAAAGUAUUCUGUGUAACCCUAAUCCCGGAGGCGAUGAGGAGAACUACAAAGAGGUCACUGAACCCCAUAUUUAUACAGAGAUAGAAGACAAGGCGUCUCUGGCAGCCAACAAAGCUACCUCUGAAGAUUGGCGUCAUGUCUAUGAACAAAAUGUAGAAACGGAGUCUGACCUUCGUCUGCCUCCUCCCCCAGAAGCAUCUCUUGCUUUUGACGAGUUAUACAUUGCUGAGUAUGCUUUUCAAUCUGGAGGCCUCAACCAAGUAUCUUUGUUUGAGGGCCAAGUUGUGACAGUCCUUGCUAAACAAGAUAUGGAAGGAAAUGAAGAAUGGUGGCAAGUAGAUGCUGAUGGAAAUAUUGGUUAUGUCCCUGCUGCCUAUAUUAGAAAAAUUGAUGCCACACCUACAUGAACUUUCAUUUAAAUGAAAAUUUGUCUUGGUAACUCAUGUGCAUUUCUAAUGAUCAAUUUAGAGAAUUUCUCAGUUUCCAUUGGCUCCAUUUUUUCUUACCAUCACCAAAACAUUUCCAGGGAAACUGCUGUUCACAUGGAUUCCUCCAUCAGAAACAACCUAACAAACUUUGCUGCUUCCUUCUAAUUAUUUUUUUCAUUCACAGACAUUUAGAUUAAGUUUUAUAAACCUUGCUGUAAAAGAGUUUGUUUUUCUUUCUCUCUCUCUCUCUCUCUCGUAACAAAGAAUAAUUAUUGAAAGCAGUUUAUCUUACAUUGUUGUCAUAUUAUUAAUAUUUUAAUGGAUAAUUGAAUAAAAUUGAAGAUAUUUUGUUAGUAUUUUUCUCCUUCCAAUUUAGGUUUCAAUUUAAAAGAAGUUCAUUUUCUGAAAAAACUGAGUGCUAUAUAAUCAAUUCUUCAAUUUCUGAAUUCAUGUGAAAAACAAAAAAAACUCCAGCCAAGUGGACACAUCUAUCAAGCCAUUUCAUCAUCUUUGCAACAAGUUUUCAAAAUCUUUUAUAUUAAAAGUUUUUUGGGUUUUUUUUUUUUUUUCAAAACUUUUUUCCAGCUGCAUGAACAAAAUCUUUGUUAGCUUUUAAAACAAAGAGAAUAUUUUUACAUUUGACUCUCAACUUGGAUUUUAUUUUAUCUUAAAAUAAAACAAAUAGUGUCAAUGAAGCAUUCUUGCUUCCAAUUCUUGGAAAUAAUUUUUUUUUUAAUGAUUUAAAACUUUCUUGUAUAUGUAUAUAUAUGUAUAUAUAUAUAUAUAUAUAUAUACUUGAUAUCUUCUAGACCUUUGUUUAUUGUUUAACUGUCUUUUUUCAUUCUACAAUGAGGUGUAUUGAUGUUUCAACCUUAAAAUAAAAUAUUCGUCAUUAUUUACAUUAUCUAGGGUGAUGGAUGGGCAGAAUCAUUAGACCAUUGGACUUAAUGUCUUUCAGUAUUUAGUUUUGUCUCCUUACAAUAGGUGUUCAAAUUCUAUUGGGGGUCAAUAUUACCUUUCAUCUUUAUAGGGUUUGAAAAAAUGAGUACUAGUCAUGUAGAGUCAAUUAACUAUUACUCUCUCCUCUCCUAAUUUAUGACCAUUUAUCAAUUUAAGACAUCAUCAUUUACAUUAUCUAAUAUUAUCUAAUAUUUUCAUGACAAGUUCACAGGAUGAUGUCAUGGUAUGUGUUAAACUAAAGUUUAAUUCUUACUUUGAAACAAAAUUAGCUGAUCAAAUGAGCUAGUAAAAGAAUGACAGUUAUUUCUGCAAAGGUUACAUUUAUAAAAUAAACACCAUUUUACCCUCUUUUUUUUUUUUUAUCAAUCCUUUUAUAUUUAGAAAUAUGUUAUUGAUAUAUUUUCACUUACUAUGAUAAUUUUAUCAUACAUUCUAUGGAGAGAAAGCAAUUAUUCCUUCCAUAAAAGUUAACAAACUAGCAAGCUUCAUUUAACUUCCAUAACUUUAUUCAUGACAUAUCAAAUUAUAUCUUCCUCUUAAAAUUUUUGGUAUUUCUGAAAAUCCAGUUCAUUUUAUUACUGCAUUAUUAUGCUAUAACAACUCAUCUAGAUGACUGCUGAGGCAACAGAAUUACACUGAAACCAAAAAGUGAAAGAUUUUUAUGAAAGACCUCAUAACAUCUCAGUGAACUACAUCUGUUAAAUUUCUGAGAUAUAUUUUUAUGCACAUUUUUACAAACAUCUUCUACUUGCCAGGCCAAAGUUGCUCUGUCCCUCCCGCAGUCAUCUCACUACAUGAGGCAUUAUCACAAACUUCCUAUUUAGUUUAUACCAGACAAAAUGUGAUCAUUUAUUACAGCAAUUACAUUAGCUUCCUACAAUCAAAGAAACAUUUAAUUCCAUUUCCAAGCUUCCAUUUCUGUGAUUGGUUUACACAUUCUUAAUAAAAAAAUUUAAUGUUUGACAAAAUUUGUUAAAUUAAGAGAUUAUUUUUGAUUUCCUAUUUCUGUCAACAUAUAAUGAUAAUGAUUCAAAUUUUCUUAUUUCAAAUUUAUAAAAUAAACAUGUUGUGCACCAUUUGCUAUUUUUGUAAAAUCCUGCACCUUUUCUUAUGACUUUUCCUGUGAAAAUGUUCCUCUAUUUGUUAUUCAUUUGCAAAAAUCUCAUGACAUUUAACAUGAUUCUCUUUAGCAUUUCUUUCUAUUUUUUUUAAUUGAUUUCCACAGAAUUUUUUCCCAAACCUCAUUUUAAUGAUGACACAAUUAAGUCAUAUAAGUCUUAGUCUCUGGCACCCUAUCCCAAAAUUAUUAAUAUAUUUUACCACUUUUAUUUUUGUUCUUACCAGUGUUCCAAAUGAUAAGUGAGUGUUGUAUAUCUUACAAGCUUAUGGAUUGGAGAUACUGUCAUGGCAUCCCAGUUGUUUAGCUUAGUUAAAAGAAGAAAGGACUGGGAAUAGUUAAUUCAUCUAGGCCAUUCUUAUUUGGUGAAAAGUUACAUUUUGUUGAAUAAAAGCCAGUCUAAAUUUGUUUUCUUCAUCUCUUUGUAGAAAUAUCUGCUAGCAAGAUAUUGAAUUGACAAACAAUGGUUCAGUAUAUCAAUACUUAUCUUGUAUAUUUUCCUUCAAUCCAUUUUGUGUACAUGAAUGUUAUGGUAUUAGUUUCCAUAAUAUAUAUAGGCAUGGCUAUGUGGUAAGAAGCUUGCUUUGCAACCACAUGAUUCUGGGCUCAGUCUCACCGCAUGGCACCUUGGGCAAGUGUUUUCUACUAUAGCCUCAGGCUAACCAAAGCCUUGUGAGUGGAUUUGGUAAACAGAAAUUGAAAGAAGCCUAUCGUGUGUGUGUGUGUGUAUAUAUAUAUAUAUAUAUAUAUUUGUUUGUGUCUUUGUAUCCAUGUUUGUCACCUUGACAAGUGGUGUUGGUGUGUUUAUGUCCCCGUAACUUAGCGGUUUGGCAAAAAAGACCGAUAGAAUAAGUACCAGGCUUUAAAAAAUAUAAGUACUGGGGUCGAGUCAUUCGACUAAAAAUUCUUCAAGGCAAUGCCCCAGCAUGGCCACAGUCUAAUGACUGAAACAAGUAAAGUAAAGGUAAAGGAUAUAUACAUAUAUAUAUAUAUAAACAUAGACGAUCGUGCCAACAUGUACAGACUGUGCCUACUACCUAGUCUUCUGUAAUUAUCAUUAACUCAUCAUCAUCAGUUUGGUAACUUUGUUAGGGUACAGAUAAUCCAUUCUACCUUUUCUAUGGAGAAGACUUGUACCAAACAUUCUUAUUUCCAACUUAUGGAAAAAAAAUUUUGGUAGCAGUUGGGGUGUAUUGUUCUGAGAAUGUAUACACUCUCUAGAAUCACUCUCAUUUUGGAGUUUACAUAUGAAGGGUUUGCUUAGAAGUUCUUCAACUUUAUUAUUAAAAUUACAAAGAAAAUGAUCAAGACAAUGUAAGCUAGACCAAAUAUUUUAGUGUGUCUUCUUCAGUUUAAAUAUCACUAGGAUUUGCUUUAUUCUUAAUUCUCUGUGGUGGAGAAAGUUAUAAAAUAUGUAUCACCAGUAAGGCAUUGAUAUUGAUUUAAUUUCAUUUAGAAAAGAGAUUUGCACCUUGUAAAAUAAAAAAAAAAAAACUUUCACCACCAUAAUAAUCAUGCUCUUUUUCAUCAUCAUCAUGAUCAUCAUGAUCAUCAUUAUUAUUAAGGUGGUGAGCUGGCAGAAUUGUUGGCACGCUGGACAAAGAGCUAAGUAGCAUUCCAGCUGUCUUUACAUUCAGAGUUCAAACUUUGCCUUUCAUCCUUUCAGGGUUAGUUAAAUAAGAACCCAUUAAACACUGGGUUUGAUGUAAUCGACUAGCACCCUCCCACAAAAUUUCAAACCUUGCAUCUAUAAAGGAUGAUUAUUAUUAUUAAGAUGUCAUACUGGCUGACUUAUUAAUGCAUUGCGGAAAAUGCUUAACAGUAUUUCUUCUGAUUCUUUAUAUUCUGAGUUAAAGUACUUUUGAGGUCAAUUUUGCUUUCCAUCCUUUCUGGGUUGAUAAAAUAAAAUGCCAGUCAAGUAUUAGGGUCAAUGUAAUUGAAUUACCCCCUCCUCUCAAAACUGCUGACCUUGUGCCAAAAUUAGAGAAAGAAUAGUUAUUAUUAUUAUUAUUAUUAAGCCGGUGAGUUGGCAGAAUCAUAAGCACGCUGGGCAAAAUGCUUAGUGGCAUUUCAUCUGUCUUACAUUCUGAGUUCAAAUUCCGCCAAGGUUGAUUUUGCCUUUCAUCCUUUCAGGGUUGAUAAAAUAAGUACCAGUUGAGUACUGGGAUUGAUGUAAUCAACUUCCCCCUUCCCUAAAAAAUUCAUACCUUGUGCCUAUUGUAGAAAAGAUUAUUAUUAUUGUCAUCAUUAUAUGAGAGUGGCAGAUUAUCAGAAUCAUUACAGCACCAAACAAAACCCCUUGUAUUUGUUCCAGCUCCAAAUUCAAUUCUUGCCUAGGUCAGCUUUGUCUUUCACCCUUUUGGGGGUUAACAAAAUAAAGUAUCUGUCAAGUAUUGGCAUUGAUUUAAUUGACUAUUCUUCACUUUCAAAAUUUCAUCUCAUAUACCUAUAUUAGAAACGUUUUCAUCACUCUUAUUAUUAUUAUUUGUCCAUCUUUACAUUCUGAGUUCAAAUUCUGCUGGGAUUGACUUUCCCUUUCAUUCUUUCAGGGUUGAUAAAAUAAGUACCAGUUAUGCACUGGGGUCGAUGUAUUUGACUUAUCCCCUCUCCUAAAAUUUUGGGCCUUGUACCUAUAGUAGAAUGGAUUAUUUUUAUUAUUUUACUAUGUUACCCUUCUUUACCAGUACACAGAAUCAUAUGCCACUUUAAAUUAUUAAUCAUAUUUCUCAAAUGAGAUUUCUCUUUUUCUAAAUACUAUUAUACUCUACUAUUCAAUACAAAAUUAAUUUUAUAUUUUUUAAUCUAUGGGUUUAUAUUUUUAUCACUGUUUGAAAUAUGUUAUCUUCAUAUUAUGAAGCUAUAAAUUAGGCAAAACGGCAUAUGUUCUUUGAGAUUUACUUCAUGUUUGGGAAUCUUUAAGUGUUUUAAUUAUUAACUUCAUUUAAUCAUUCUCUUUACAAUAUUUUAGUUUGGUCUUUUCUUUGAUCUUCUUCAGGUAGCACCCAUGCGUGCACGCAUGUGUAAGUGUGUAUAGUGUUUAUUGUCUUGCAAUGUGGCCUGAUGUUAGGACUUUCAAUUUCUUUGAGGAGGUGUGAGUCAUAACAUUUGUUUCAUGUUGUUAGAAGACAAAAUGCAUUAAGUAUUCUUGCUCUGUUGUAAUAUAGAUUUCUUUAUUCUUAUGGAUUAAUAUGAUCAUCUGAUCAAAGUUUACUCUAUCUAUCCAUCCAUCCAGUCUUUCUCUCUCUCUCUCUCUCUCACACACACACACAAACAGUAUAGAGAGUAAGUGUUUAAAGCCUCAGUCGGAAAUGAAAACAAGUCCCAAGUACUGCAUACAUUGAGAUCAAACAUUGUAGAACUCAAAAUGUUUAAAGACUACAGACAAAAUAUAUAAGCAGUACAGAUAUAGACUUAAUAAUAAAGGCGCUAAGUUCAUUCAAAUCCAAAGAAUAAAGAAUAUGUGUAGAUAUAGGAAAUAUUUUAAAGAUAAUUGACUAAAAUGUAAAAAAAAAUCAGAAACAUAAUAAAUGUGAAGCUAAAUUUCCUUUUUAAAUCCAUUGCAACCGCAAUCAUUUAGAUUGUUUUGUGUUUGAUGUAAUCAGGACCUAAAACUACUCAAGUUUUUAUGAAAAUCUUUAUAACUUACAGGUUGUGAAAAGAACCUUUCAAAGCAAACCCUUUCUAUGUAUGACUGUCUGUCCCCCACCUACCUCUCUCUCUCUCUCUCUCUCUCUCUCUCUCUCUCUCUCUCUCUCUCUCUCUC